GGAACAGUUGGCCAAGGAAGUCAGCUUCUCAGAGUUCAAGAGUAGAUCCUACUUUAACUCAUUAAAGAUGGCAUGGAACAGCAGUGUCGUAAUGCAAAUGGGAAGAUUUCUUCUCUUAGUAAUUUUAUUUCUGCCACGUGAGAUGACAAGUUCUGUUUUAACUGUGAAUGGUAAAACUGAGAACUAUAUCCUGGAUACUACACCUGGCUCCCAAGUGUCUCUGAUAUGUGCUGUUCAAAACCACACCAGAGAGGAAGAACUGCUCUGGUACCGAGAGGAGGGGAGAGUGGAUUUGAAAUCUGGAAACAAAAUCAAUUCCAGCUCUGUCUGUGUCUCUUCCAUCAGUGAAAAUGACAACGGAAUCAGCUUUACCUGCAGGCUGGGGAGGGAUCCCUCCGUGUCCAUUUCGGUGGCACUGAAUGUUAUUUUUCCUCCUCUCCUAAGUGGAAACAACUUCCAAACAGUUGAGGAAGGCAGUAACGUGAAGUUGGUUUGCAGUGUGAAAGCCAACCCCCAGGCUCAAAUGAUGUGGUACAAAAACAGUAGUCUCCUGGAUUUAGAGAAAAGCCAUCACCAAAUCCAACAGACAAGUGAGUCUUUUCAGCUGUCAAUCACCAAAGUCGAGAAAUCUGACAACGGAACCUACAGUUGUACUGCAAAGUCAUCUCUGCAAACGGAGAGCUUGGACUUUCACCUGAUUGUUAAAGAUAAAACUGUGAGUGUCCCAGUAGAGCCCAUUAUUGCUGCGUGUGUUGUGAUCUUUCUGACAUUGUGCUUUGGACUGGUUGCUAGAAGAAAGAAAAUAAUGGAGCUCUGCAUGAAGGAUAAAGACCCUCACAGGGAAACAGCUCUAUGAGAAAGCUGAGAUACCAUCGAAUACAGAGAGAGUUUUGCAUCAGGACCUCCAAAGUUAUGUAGUCCCAUCUGUAUUUAUCGCUAUUAUUAAAUUCACUCCUGUCACUCCUGUUUCAUUAAUCACUUAACAGUAGUUGUUAGGGCUAAUUUGAUACACUUGUGGAAUAUUUUUAUGGAGACAGCUAUUAAGAAUGAAAAGUAAGAUUUCUUUAAGUCUUCUCCUUGAGGUAUAUAUUAAUGAGAUUUGUUUCAAAUAGGUUGGUAAUAAUUUACUGUUUAGUGUGUUUUUUUCUAGGUAGGAGAUGCUUGGGUCUCACAAAUUGGUGCAAAACC